AUGUUUACUAUUGAAUGCAAUUCAGGCAAAGAUAUUCGUAAUUAUUCCUUUUUUCCAAAUGAAGAUGAAAUACUUCUUCCUGCUGCUACUCAAUUUAAAGUUGUUGGUUGUCUCGAUCAAGGUCCUACUCUUAGAGUGAUUCAACUAAAAGAAAUUGAGUCAUCCAUACCACUAAUACAACCAGUGGCACUUGCUGCUCAUUUGAAUGCAGCAUCAUCUAGUAAUAAAUCAUCGUCAAUUGCCUCUCGAUUUGGUAUUGAUGGUACUCGAGAUAAUCCAACAGUUAUUUUUACAAAUUCUAUUGACGAUCAUAUUCAUGAUCAGCUGUAUGCUCUUAUUGAAAAUUCGAGUCAUUUUAGCCAUGAAGAAGAAAUAUUAUUUUCAAUAGGUACAAUAUUUAGGAUUGAAAAUGUUGAACCAAUGAAUGAUACUGUUUGGUCCAUUGAAUUAAAAUUAUAUAACAGACACAACUUAGAACUAAAGCAACUUAUGAUUAGUUUUGAGGAAGAAAUUGGCAAAACAUCAACACUUUUCGAUCUUGGUAAUAUAUUCUUCUACAUGGGAGAUAACGAUAGAGCAGAAAAAUACAAUCGAAUUUUACUUGAACAAUUGCCACCAAAUGAUGAUUUUAUGUUAAUAGUUUACACCAAUAUUGGUGAUACUUAUUUAAAUAGAGGAAACUAUCACAUAACGUCAGAAUAUUAUGAGCCAGCUCUAUCAAUAGCGUUGAAUCUAGAAUCAGAUUUUCAAAUAGCUCUUGCUUACGUAUACGAUUCAAUCGAGCUACAUCUAAAUAUUGCUUCAACUUACAAUAAUAUCGCAUUAUUACUAAAUCAAUUACAUCGUUAUGAUGAAGCAUUAAAUAAUUAUAUGAAAGCAUUGAAAAUUGAACAAAAAUCAUUACCAUCGAAUCAUUACAAAAUUGGAAUGACAUAUAACAACAUAGCAUUACUUUAUACAAAUACUAAUGAUCAAAUAAAAGCUUUAGAUUUUUAUGAAAAAGCAUUGACUAUAUUUUGUGAUACUUUAGAACAUGAUCAUCCAACUAUUGGAUCGAUUUAUUAUAAUAUGGGAGAUGUGCAUUAUAAACUUGGAAAUAAUGAUACAGCUAUGGAUUAUUUUCAAAAAGCACUUGAUAUACGACUAAAAUCACUUUCAAAUGAUCAUAUCGACCUUGCAGCUAUAUUAAAUAGUAUCGGUGUGAUUUAUUUAAUUUGA